ACCGAUCACAUCGACACCACUCAAGUCAUGAAUUCAAGCAGCCCAGAAUACUGGCGUUCGACUGUGGAGAUGACAAAUUCUGGCACAAUUAAGUCCUCCCAGCCAAACACGCCGAUUCGCAGUGACCGAGGACUGAAGUUUUCGGCUCAAGAUGUAUUUCUGAGUCACAGUGGUAAGCAGAAAAAUUUUGUUAGGCAGCUAUACAGAGACCUCACAAACCAGGGCGUGUCCUGCUUCUUUGAUCAAGAUCGCGAAAGUUUGCCACUUGGUGAAGAUUUCCCCUCUCGUAUAUUUGAAGCUGCUAAGACAUGCAAAGUAGCAGUUUUACUUCUCUCUAUGGAUUUCCUCGAAUCAAAAUGGCCAAUGCAGGAACUGGCUGCUUUCGUGGAAGCGAAGAAAAAAACAAAUCUUGAUCUCAAAAUUUUACCCCUGUUCUUCCAGAUUUCACCGGAUGCUCUUAAAAACAUUACGGCAGACGAUGAAAAGUGGAAACAGUUGGAGAAAUCUGAGGUAAAGCGAGCCGAAUGGCACCAAGCUUUGAGUGCAAUACGGCCAAUUAACGGGUUGAAUUUUAUUGAAGGUGAUGAUGAAGUGAAGUUUAGAGAUGAAAUUGUGAAAGGAAUCUGGCAUCUACUUCCAACACCCUCACCAAGGUAUCAUGUCCCUUGUAUGCAAGGACAAGCACGAAUGUGCCAGGUAAAAGCACCUCACUACCUUGUUUUGCUUUUAUGACGCAUAUAUUCAGAUGCUAACGCAUAUAUUAUAUUUAUGGUUUGCAGGAGGUUGAAGAUUUCUUCAACACUGUUCAUUCCGACAAAAGGGGAAUCCGUAUUGCAGGAUUGUAUGGAAUACCGGGCCAGGUGAAAACUACACUUGGCAAGGCUUUUUGUAACUUCAAAUUGAAGGAUUUUGAAGGCAAAGUUGCCAUCUGGAAUUUUCCAAAGGCGAUUCGUUUCAAAGAAUUAAAGUUGCCCUGCAAUAUCUCACUUUCUGCCAUCAGUCGUACCUCCAAGAACUGAUAGACCAAGAUCAGGCACAAGUUGAGCUUUAUAGAAGAGUGGAGGGCAAAAGGGUAUUGUUGGUGCUCGACAAUAUCACAGUAGAAUAUAUAGACGAAGUGGAGCAUUAGCUUAAGGCAGAGUUGGGAGAAAACAGCUGGAUCCUUUUGAGCGCUCGGAGUGUAGAUGUUCUAGUAAAGCAUUUCAAGAUAGAUAAGCAGUCGUGCAUGGGCGUACCAGGGCUCAAAGAGGAAGAGCCCGUAGCCAUCUUGUUGGAAAGGACAUCUGUAGAAGAGUCAACG